AAACUGUUUACUACAAAUGUGAAGAAGAUGGCAAUUGGUACUUCCAUGAGCCAUACAACAAAACUUGGGUCAAUUAUACUACCUGCGUCAACACUGAGGAUUUAUCGAUCUCUCAGAUGUGCCAGGAUUCUCAUUCACAUGAAUUUGUUCGCCUCAUUCGCGAUAAACAAUUUUUUGUGGCUCUUGUGGUACUACCUAGUAUUUGAUGAAACUGAACUUUUAUUUGCAAAUAAGCCGUGGUGUAUUGCUCUCCACACGAUACUCUACACUUGCCUGAUUUCAAAUUAUUCAUGGAUGUUAUGCGAAGGACUCUACCUGCAUACAGUCCUCGUGUGGGCAUUCAUUUCCCAAAACAAUCUCCUAACCGGUAUGAUGAUAAUAGGCUGGGGAAUUCCCUUGGUGACGACCAUCAUAUACGUUCCAGUCAGAAGUGUUAUGGGUAAAGGAGACGAACUGGAAAUGUGCUGGAUAAAAGAUUCUAGAUUCGAAAUCAUCCAUCAAAUUCCCGUAGCCGCCACAAUUAUUUUGAAUCUAUUUUUCCUCAUCAACAUUGUACGAGUUGUCGUUGUGAAACUGAGAAGAGGUCCUGCUAACGAUGGAUCUGGAACCGGAGCAUCUAGGUCGUCGCUACAAGCAUUAAGGGCCACACUACUACUCGUACCACUUCUGGGACUCAACUUUUUGCUCACGCCCUUUCGACCAGAGAACGGGGUAGCUUGGGAGCAUUUCUAUGAUUUGUUGUCUGCCAUAACGACCUCGUUUCAGGGUCUUUGUGUGGCAAUCCUCUUUUGUUUCUGCAAUGGAGAGGUCCAAGCCCAGAUCAAAAGAAAAUGGAGCAGGAACAUCGUAUCAUUCGCCAAAAGAAAAAGAGAGGGAUAGGGCAGGUCUUCAGACACAAGAACGCGUUGGAAAGAUGUUCUCUAGGCAAAAAUCCAAAUGAAUAUGAUAUUAACUUCUAUUGAAAACUCUAAACAUAGUAUGUCAGGUCUUCGUAUCCAGCAAAUGGCAAAGAGAAAGUAUGACUGGGGGCUUUGGGCCGCAGAGCUUCUCACUGGGUGUCUGACAGACGAACAUCAAGCGCUCUGGUGAAGAAUAACGAAGAAACUGCUGCUCAAUGUGUUUGAAGUGUUGGUGGUAAUAACCUCCGUGAGAAUUGUAGUGGUUGAGAAUAGCUCAAGUGAACUGAUCAUGUGUAACUAUGAGGGUCAACGAAUUCAUUGAACAGGGUAUUUUAUAUGUUGAAAUGGUGGCGAUGCAUAUAAUGAUUUGUAUAAUGGCUAUUUAGUCGCAAACGUGACAUGUCACGAUGUAGUUGCAUAAAUAACUUUUGUAAUAGAUGCAAGUAACCACAGAUCAUUCG